AUGACGAAUUCAACUCUAAACUCCGAAUUUGAUCAAAAUAUCACUGCUGGUGUUAUCAUUUUUAUUGUGAGUUUUUUUUAAAAUUACAUUUUCCAAGUCUCACAAGGGAACUCUCAAAAAAAUAAGCAGUCCCAAAUUUUUUUGGGGUCUGCAAAUCAUUUAUUUGACAUUUUGCGGUCUGCAAGAAGAAUACAAUUAGCUCAGUGGUAAAGUGAUUGUUUUUGGAUCUGAGGGUGGCGAGUUCGAUUCCGCUCGCGAGCAAACAUUUUUUCCAGAUUUUCAAAAUAUAUUUUCCAUAGUUUUCUCUUCAGAUCUCAUUUUCCGGCGCAAUAUUCAAUAUUCUCGCAAUGAUAGUUGUCCUAAAAUCACCAAUUCUUCGAAACGCAUUCGGUGCAAUGUGUUUCAGCCACACAAUCGCAAAUUUCGGUGUUCUUUUCGUUUUCGUCUUCUACGUCACACCAUCCACCAUUUUCCAAUAUCAAUACAGCGAACUUCGAUUCGGUAAAAUCCUGGGACAAAUCAAUAUUCUAUUCUGGAACGCCUGUUGUUAUUCGCAUUUAGCAAUUUCUCUCAACAGAUUUAUCAGUAUUUCAAUGCCAACAAAAGUUUCACAAUUGUACAAUUUUCGAAACACAAUUCUGAUUAUUUUACUUGUCUGGUGUUUAGCAUUUUGUCAUAUUUCCCCUUAUUUUUGGGCUGAGCAAUGUUAUGUUGCUUAUAAUGUUGAAGAAUGGGUUUGGGAGUUUCCCGAUACUGAAUGUGGCUAUUUUAUUUCGACGUAUACGGAUUACUAUAGUAGUGUUCUUAUUUUUAUUGUUAUGAGUUGUUUGGAUUUUGGGACAUUUGUGAGUUAUAAGAAAUCCCUCAGAGAAAAAAGUCUAGGAAAAAAGUCUAGUUUUGUUUUUCCCAUGCUCUAAUUCAUUUCCUUCUGAGAAAUUAAUUCCAAUCAGAUUUUUGCAUGCAUUGCUCAUGCUAUACUAGAUUUUCGAAAAAAAAACAUGACCUUAUCCUUUGAAUUGCUCAUAUUAAACUCGAAUUUCUGUUAUAUUUCCAGGCUUUACUUGUUGCAUACAACAAAAAAACAAAAAUCUCAUCAAACGACGAGGCAAAACGUCGUGCACGAACUGAAAUUCGAUUUUUCACACAGUCCUGUCUUCAAGGAGUACUAUUUUUCUACGAAGUUUUCAUGUUUUACUAUGUCUGCACUUUGAAUACCGACAAAUGGUAUGUGUUUUUCACAACAACUUUUGCUUGGGAACUUUGUCAUUGUCUGGAUGGGUGAGUUCGAAGCAAAGAAAAGAGAAAUAUUUAAAAAUAUUUUUUAGAUUAGUUGUGGUUAUAUUUCAUUUUCGUCGAAGUUUCUUUGGCUCAAAUUCUCGACAAAAUACGAAAGCGUUUUCCAAAGAUGGAAGAUCAAUUUCUGUGAAGCCGAAAUAA